GCGGACUGAGAGCAACGCACCGCCCGGCCACACCGCAGCAAGUCGGCAACAACGCAACCGGAGCACCGCGGGGACGGACCGCAUUGUUCCCCACAUGUAGCAGGACCCAGAGCAGCACAUCCUCUGCGUCCUUCACGCUUGGAGCCACCGGGUGACGAGUCCAGUUUGGAGACUGGUUUUAGUGGCGCUCAUCGGGAACACUGGUUCCGGAACUACUUAUCCAGUGCGUGGAGAGUAAAUAGCUUUUUAAAAUGGCAACCAGUCGCUCACCGCGAACACAGACGUGAUGAGCAGGUGUCCCAGAGGCUGAGUGUCCCCUUAGUUCCCCGAUCAGGGCCUGUGGUUGCAGAGCCUCUCCAGAGGUGAUGUCUGCGGCCCAGACCCAGAAGGAGAGCGGGGAGGCUGGCUGGGCGCCCCUGGAGGCCCUGGGCCUCAGCCAGAAGGAGCUGGUCCUGGCAGAGGCCCUCCAGAUGGAGUACGACGCCCUCUCUCGCCUCAAACAAGACAAGGGAGUCCCUGCUGGGCCCGAAAGCGGCUCCAAGCCUGUCUCGAGGCCCCCGCCCCCGCCCUCCAUCGAGCGCCCUCGGCCCGUCCCCAGCGGACACGUCUCCAGCCCCCCCGGGGGGAACCUGUUGAGGGGUCUCUCCGGGUCGGACUCCUCCUUGAAUCAGCCGGCAGGGUCCCGGUCCCCAACACGGUCCCCCACGCGGCCCCCGCUGAGCAGGCCGGCUCCCCCGCGGGGGCCGCUCAGCAAGGAGCCUCUGUACAUCCUGGACGGCGAGGGCGACCUCCUCCCGGGCUCCCGCUAUGGACCGGGCUCCAGCCCCGCCCCCAAAGGGGCCCCCCCCCCUACCGACGACAUGCCCCCCGCCAUCCCGCCGAGGAACCCCCUCCCGCAGUUGUCGGGCUCAGACAACCCCUUCUUGCCCCCCCGCGGCCCCCCACCCGGGGCGCCCCACGACGUGAACCUGUUCACCCCCGACGUGGACCGGCCCAAGGUGACCUCGGAGGAGGUGACCUACGAGAGCCUCAACGCCGCGCUGUCCCGCCUCAACAGCGAGCGGCAGGGCCAGCGCAGCCGGCGGGCCAGCGGGGAGCCCCCGGGUAAGCCUGUGGCCCGCAGCAAGACCCUGCCCCCCCAGGUGCCCCCCAGGACCUACAUGCCGGCCCCCAAGAGCAAAAGGAACCUGCGCCGGGUGUCCGCAGACCCAGUUGCCUUGGAGUCCCGAGCAAACGGCUUCAGCUACGAGCUGUUCAAGGUGUCGGAGGACAGAGACGAGGAGGUGGCUGCCUACUGCCACAUGCUGGACAUCCUGAGGUCGGCGGACCCGUGCGGCGAGCGCUCCAGGAACACAGGCUUCGUGUGGUCCCCGUCGGUGUCCCAGGAGGAGCUGCAGCAGGGCCUGGGGGUCAGUGUGAAGGUCACGGUCAUCAGCGACCACUUCAGGGAGCCGCUCACCUUCACCUGCGACGGCUCUUCCACCGUGGACCUGCUGAUCUACCAGACGCUGUGCUACGCCCAGGAAGACCUGGACGUGGACGUGGAGCAGUACCUGCUCAAAGUCUGUGGACAGGCAGAGUUCCUCAGCAAUUCCCAGACGCUGGCCGGUCUUGAGUAUGUCCAGCAGUGUCUCAAGUAUGAGUGGGACAUUCGUCUCCUGCUCACCAAGCGAGCUUCAAUCAACACAGAGCUGGCUCGCACGGAAGAAGAUGACAAAAUGGCGUCCACCAUGAACCACUGCAUCUUGCUCCAAGAGCGGCCAAUCAGACAGACCGUCACCAGGGAGGCACUCACCCUUCUCCUGGAUACAUAUCACAACGAGGCUGAGGCCUUCAUCCUGUCUGAGGCUGAGCUGCUGCUGCAUGUGGAGCGUCUUGUCCAAUCGGUGAAGGCCCUGUGCAGUACUCUGGCCUCCGUGGAGUCGGCCGACCUGACCUCUGCCCUCAGCCAGCUCCCAGCAUGCCCUUGUCGCCUGCAGCCGAAGGUUCAGAAGGAUAUCUCUGUAUUGGCUGUCAAAGGAAACAGAGAAAAGGUGGUGGAGAGGCUGACAGUGGCCAUCCUGGACCAGGUGGAGCUGUACUGCAGCACCUUCAACGCCAACUUCCACACAGCGCCGCCCAGCAGCCGCAGCACUGCGCCCAUCCAGGAGGCGGGCGUGGUGAACAACGUGCUCUCCUUCAGCGUCUACUCGGCCCACCGCGUCCCCAUCACUUGGGCGGCCAGUUACGAGGGCUUCUUCCUCUCCUGCUCCCUGACUCACGGCGGGGCGGAGCUGUGUGCUCCUCAGCACACCAGCAAGCAGGCGGUCAGCAAGUAUCUAUUCCACCUGGUGGUCUGGGACCAAAGGGUGUGUUUCCCAGUGCAGAUCAACCAGCUGCCCCGUGAGUCCCAGCUGACUGUGACUCUGUACGCCACGGCUCUACCGCCCCCUGGUGGCACGGAGGAGAAGGGCAAGCAGCGGCGCAGCAUCGACGCGCUGGGCUGGGUGACCAUGCCCCUCUUCAACUUCAGACAUGUUCUGACGUGUGGAAGGAAGCUGCUUGGUCUCUGGCCGUCCAUCCCAGGAAGUGGAAACGCACGCUCAAGCUCUCCCAACUUCAGCCAGCCUGACAGCGUCAUCCUGCAGGUGGACUUCCCCACCUCGGCGUUCGAGGUCCGCUUCAGCACCCCCGGGCCGGCGGACUUCUGCCCGCAGUACGAAUUCUCCAGGCUGGACACAGCCAGCCAGCGCCAGCUGCAAGACGUCCUGCACAAGAAGUCCCUCUUCUGGUUGACGGUGGAGGACAGGCGGCUGCUGUGGGAGAAGAGAGCCUUCUGCCAGGAGGAGAGCGCCGCCCUGCCACUGGUGCUGGCCAGCGCCCCCUGCUGGCAGUGGUCCUGCCUGCCCGACAUAUACGCCCUGCUGAGGCAGUGGGCCUGCCUGAGCCACAUGGACGCUCUGGGGCUGCUGCACGCCUCGUUUCCCGACCAGGAGCUGAGGCGGACUGCGGUGCAGUGGAUGGACUCCAUAUCAGACCCCGAGCUGCUGGACUUCCUGCCUCAACUAGUCCAGGCGCUGAAGUACGAGUGCUACCUGGACAGCGCGUUGGUCCGCUUCCUGCUGCGGAGGGCCAUCGGAGACGUCCGCAUCGCCCACUACCUGUUCUGGCUGCUGAAGGACGCGCUGCAGGACCGUCAGUUCAGCGGGCGCUACCAGCACCUUCUGGCCGCCCUGCUGUGCUGCGCCGGCCGUGGCCUGAGGGAGGAGUUUGAGCGCCAGUGCUGGAUGGUGUCCGUCCUUGCCAAGGUGGCCCAAAGAGUCAGGGACGCCAUGGCCUCCAACAGACAGACGGUCCUUAGGGAGGGUCUGGACGAGAUGAAGCAGUUCUUCUCUGUCAACAGCAGCUGUCGGAUGCCCCUCAACCCUGCCCUGCUGGUGAAAGCCAUCAACGUCCAGUCCUGCUCCUUCUUCAACUCCAACGCUGUUCCCCUGAAGCUGUCCUUCCAGAACGUAGACCCCCACGGAGACAACAUCAAUGUCAUAUUUAAGUCGGGGGACGACUUGCGGCAGGACAUGCUGACCCUGCAGAUCAUCCGCAUCAUGAACCGGAUCUGGAUCCAGGAGGGGCUGGACAUGAGGAUGGUGAUCUUCAGAUGCUUCGCCACCGGCCGGGGGAGAGGCAUGGUGGAGAUGAUCCCCCAGGCAGAGACCCUGAGGAAGAUCCAGGUAGAGCACGGGGUCACGGGCUCCUUCAAGGACCGCCCGCUGGCUGACUGGCUGCAGAAGCACAACCCCACCGACGACCAGUAUGAGAAGGCGGUGGAGAACUUCAUCUACUCGUGUGCGGGCUGCUGCGUGGCGACCUACAUCCUGGGGAUAUGCGACCGCCACAACGACAACAUCAUGCUGAAGACCAGCGGCCACAUGUUCCACAUCGACUUCGGGAAGUUCCUGGGUCACGCGCAGAUGUUCGGGAACAUCAAGCGGGACCGCGCCCCCUUCGUGUUCACCUCGGACAUGGCCUACGUCAUCAACGGCGGGGACAAGCCCUCCAGCCGCUUCCACGACUUUGUGGACCUUUGCUGCGAGGCGUACAACCUGAUCCGCAAGCACGCACACCUCUUCCUAAACCUGCUGGGCCUGAUGCUGUCCUGCGGAAUCCCAGAGCUGUCUGACCUGGAGGAUCUGAAGUAUGUCUACGACGCCCUGAGACCCCACGAGUCAGAGGCCGACGCCACCAUGUACUUCACCAGGCUGAUCGAAUCCAGUCUGGGCAGCGUAGCCACCAAGCUCAAUUUCUUCAUCCACAACCUGGCCCAGAUGAAGUUCGCCUCCUCGGAGGAGCGGCCCGUGCUGACCUUCGCCCCGCGGGUCCACACCCUGAAGAGUGACGGGCUCAUCCGCAACCUCUACGUGUGCCGCCACAUCCGCACCUACAGCCCCAGCAAGGGCUACGCCUUCGUGGUGAAGGUGGAGCGAGAGGGGCUCCAGCAAGGGGCAGCAUUGGUCCAGAGGAGCUUUGAAGAGUUCCACGAACUGCACUGCAAACUGCGGCUCAUCUUCCCUUCGUCCAAGCUGCCCAGCUUCCCCAGCCGGUUUGUGAUUGGCCGCUCGCGAGGAGACUCCAUGGCUGACCGGAGGAAAGAUGAGCUGAAUGGUUACGUGUGGCAUCUGGUCCACGCCGCUCCUGAGGUCGCCCAGUGUGACCUCAUCUACACCUUUUUCCACCCGCUGCCGAGAGACGAGAGACCCGGCACCCCCCUCCAGCCCCUGCACAACAAACCAGCCGAGCUCUCCUGGUCGCCCACCUCGGGGAAGGACAUGGGGGAGGUCAAGCUGUCCAUCUCCUACAAGAGUGACAAGCUGUUCAUCAUGGUCAUGCACAUACGCGGCCUGCAGCCCCUCCAGGACGGGACGGACCCGGACCCCUAUGUGAAGCUCUACCUGCUGCCGGACCCCCAAAAGACCAGCAAGAAGAAGACCAAGGCUGCACGGCGCACCUGCAACCCCACCUACAACGAGAUGCUGGUGUAUGAACGCAUCCCCCACGGGGACCUGGACCAGAGGGUGAUCCACCUGCGGGUGCUGGGGGACGGGCCCUUCUGGGAGAACUCCCUGCUGGGGGAGACUUUCAUCCCCCUGAAGAAGCUCCUUCCUGGUCAGCACUGGGUGGACUGGCAUCGGCUGGGCCUUGAGGGCCUGGAAGUGGCCCGCUGACACACAAGGUGUGUGUGUGUGUGUGUGUGUGUGUGUGUGUGUGUGUGUGUGUGUGUGUGUGUCUGUGUGUCUGUGUGUCUGUGUGUGUGUGUGUGUAAGAUACAAGAGGAAAGCAAAAAAACGCCUUCCUGAAGAAAGGCUGAUUGACAAUGGAUUGAUCAUCAGCUCUGUGAGGUAGUGGACAUUUUCUCACACCAUAUUUAGUUUUCUUUCAAAUGUGAGUUCUAAUUUCGGCUAAUAUUACAGAGUGAUUUUGUUCAGAUCUUUUAUGUUUUUUUGUUUACAUUGCCCAGUGUGUAGAUAUGCAGAAGUAGAACUAUGCCGUGCAAAUGUGUUUUGCAGGAAAGGAAGGACUAUUUGGACUUAAGAUUUUGACAGUCCUUUAUGUAUAUUCUGUACAGCUCUAGUCUGUGUAUUUUCUGCUGAUAAGUAGCUGUUAUGCUAAAAUGUUGUGCAGCACGAGCUACCUUAGCAGUCAAUGUUACUUGUCAAAACUAACACCAUGGGCAGACUCUGUAUUUGGCUUUUAGUCAUUCUAAAUGUUGAGCUGAAAAUUAAAAAUGAACCAAUAUGUAGACUAUUUUUUCUCUUGGGAAGGAUGCAUGGGUGUUGAUUCAUUUGUAUGUGUGCAUGUGUCUUUGUUUGUGUGAGUGUGUGUCCAUAUGAGAGAAUCUGAAUACUUUAUUGGAUUUUAUGCAGUGCCCUUCUGAUUGUAACCCAUCUUUUGUGCUUUUUUUAUCUGAACUUAUAAAAUCACUGUUUCAUUCCCUUAAAGAUCCUGUGAAUCACAAAGAAUAUGUAUACAUCUUUUUUUAACUAAAUGAAUAUCGGUAACCGCUUAAAAACACUGCAUUACAUGUACUUGUACUUCAAUGCAUCAUUAGAUUUGUGCAGAACUGCAAAACUGUGAGAACCAGUUGAGCCAGAAACCAUGCAGAUAGCUUCCAGGGAAAAUCUAAAUACAGUUUAAAAUGUGGACUGAAUGACUGACACCUAAUCUAACAUGAAGAUCACUUAACUCGUUGGCAUUGAGCUUUAGAUUCACUGCUGAAGUUGUGGAAUUUCUCAAUUUUUGGUGAAAUUUAGAAGUAGAUCUCAUGGUGAUCUCAGCAUAUUCUGCAAGCACAUUCAAUUGAUGGUGUGAGGUUUCUAUUUUUGAACACUGCCUAUUUCUGUAUGAUGUGCAAAAGUAAGGAGAUGGGAAACCUUGGCUCAUCAUGCAUCAGCACAAAAUGGUCUUCAGAAUUCCAAGAUGGACCGGAGGCAGUUAAAAGAGUGCCAAAAAAUAACUUAAAGGUCAAGAACAGUCUGGGGGUCUAACCUUUGUAACUCUAUCCUGGCUUCACUCAAACAUCAGUCACCAGUAUCAGUUUGGGAUCCUGCCAGUCAAUGAAUGAAAGUAAGGGCGUCGAAGCACUUAUGUAUUUUGGUGAAUCCAAGUAACAGUGAAUCACCAUACAAGUCCUUCACAAAGUGCUCUAUUGCUAUUUGUUUGACAAAGAUUUUGGUAAGGAUGUUUCAGUGAAGCCAGGACCGAGAGCUACAGGGAUUUGGUCACAAAGACCUGUGUUGUCGGGUUAUUAUGAGAGGCAUUUGAACCAUGGCCCGUUGAAGGUGUGUUGUAUAUAAUGCGCGUAGCCUUUAAUGUUAAUACGUUCCAAUUGAACUGGAUAUGAUGCAUGUAAAUAAGGCCAAAAUUAUCAAUGUGAUCUGAUUUAACUUUGUAUUUGUGAAUAAAUAACAGCUGUAUUGUAACACUU